UUCGGCCGCACAGAAUUCGACCAGCUCCUCGGCCACUGCGGAGCCGUUUGCGAUAUGCCAGCCAACUUCUUCGGACCCGAGCUGGUGGCAGCAUACCCUGAGUCCAAGGUCGUCCUCGUCGAGCGUGACAUCGGGUCCUGGUACAAGAGCUUUGACGAGAGCAUUGUUGCCGUGGCCUUCAAGCCCGUCUGGCGGUUUCUGUCGUGGUUACGGGCCAAGUAUGUGGCGGAAAUUGGCGACAUCACAUUCACGUGGUUGAAGUACACCUUUGGUGCAGAGACAAAGAAGGAAGUCCUCGAGAAGGCCCGCGGUGGGUAUCGAAAACACUACGCGACUAUUAGGAGAGAGACACCCCCUGAUCGGUUGCUCAACUAUAACCUAAAACAUGGAUGGGAACCAUUGUGUGCCUUCUUGGGGAAGCCUAUUCCUGAUUUUCCGUUCCCCCCUGUCAAUGAUCAUGAGGCAUACCACGAGAAGCUUCAGAUAAUCAUCAGGAAAGGGGUGGUCGCAUUCGCAAGCAAGGCGACAUGGGUUGUGGUUCUGGGACUGAUAGGUGUAGCGGCGUAUUAUCUCGGGUCGAGGGAAGGGUUGCUAGCAAGCGCUAGCAAGCAUCGCAGGAAUCAGCAAGUGAACAGUAGCUAA